CCGCGCGCCACCGCCACCUACUGCGCAGUCGCGGCUCGGGCGGACGGCGACGGCUCCGCGGUGCUCGGUUGGCGGCAGCGGCACUGUGGGUUGCGCGGCCGGGGAUGCUCCAGCGGGCGCGAUGGCCCCCGCCAUGCAGCCGGCCGAGAUCCAGUUUGCCCAGCGGCUGGCGUCCAGUGAGAAGGGCAUCCGGGACCGGGCGGUGAAGAAGCUGCGCCAGUACAUCAGCGUGAAGACGCAGAGGGAGACAGGAGGUUUCAGUCAGGAAGAACUUCUAAAAAUCUGGAAGGGGCUCUUCUACUGCAUGUGGGUGCAGGACGAACCCCUUCUGCAGGAGGAGCUCGCCAACACCAUCUCGCAGCUGGUCCAUGCCGUUAACAACUCAGUGGCUCAGAACCUGUUCAUUCAGACCUUUUGGCAAACCAUGAAUCGAGAAUGGAAAGGAAUAGACAGGCUACGCCUGGACAAAUACUAUAUGCUGAUUCGUCUGGUCCUGAGGCAGUCCUUUGAAGUCCUGAAGCGGAACGGCUGGGAAGAAAGCCGAAUCAAGGUUUUCUUAGAUGUCCUGAUGAAGGAGAUCCUGUGUCCUGAGAGUCAGUCUCCUAACGGAGUGAGAUUCCACUUCAUUGAUAUUUAUCUGGAUGAACUCUCCAAAGUGGGGGGGAAGGAGCUUUUGGCAGAUCAGAAUCUCAAGUUUAUUGAUCCAUUCUGCAAAGUCGCCGCGAAGACCAAGGACCACAGUCUAGUGCGGACCAUAGCGAGGGGCGUUUUUGAAGCUAUCGUAGAUCAGUCUCCUUUUGUGCCUGAGGAGUCAGUGGAGGAACAGAAGACAAAAGUGGGCGUUGGUGACCUCUCUGCAGAAGAGACGCCUGAAAAUGGGGCGACAUUGAGAAGAGCUCUCAGUAAAAAGAAGACAGCACUGGGCAAAAGUCAUUCCAGAAAAGAUGGACUCAGUGAUGAAAGCGGAAGAGAUGGCUGUGGAACCUUUGAGGACUCAGGGCCGCUUCUCCAGUUUGACUAUAAGGCUGUUGCUGAUCGACUCCUGGAAAUGACCAACAGGAAGAACAUCCCACCCUUCAACAGGAAGCGUCUCUCCAAACUCAUCAAAAAAUUCCAAGACCUCUCUGAAGGAGACAGUAUAUCUCAACUCAGUUUCACUGAGGACAUUUCUGCUGAUGAAGAUGACCAAAUCCUCAGUCAAGGAAAGCAUAAGAAGAAAGGAAAUAAACUUUUAGAGAAAACUAACUUGGAAAAGGAGAAAGGAAGCAGAGUGUUUUGUGCAGAGGAAGAGGACAGUGAAAGCAGUCUUCAAAAGAGAAGAAGGAAGAAGAAGAAAAAGCACCACCUCCAGCCUGAAAAUCCAGGCCCAGGGGAUGCAGCCCCGUCCCUAGAAGAGAACAGGGGCAGGGAUCCUGAGGCCACUGGGCAGGGAGCCCUGAAUCCGCGUGUGGCCGAGCCGGGGGCAGAGGCCACGUCCAGCACCGGGGAGGAGAGUGGCUCUGAGCGUCCUCCCGCUGUCCCCAUGCACAAUAAAAGGAAACGGCUGCGGAAGAAGAGCCUGAGGGCCCACAGGGAAAUGUCAGAAUCAGCAGUGUUGCCACCAGAGGAUGUGUCUCAGGGUGGCCCGAGUGGCGGCCAUCCUCAGGGACCUACAGGGUCCCCAACAGGUGGAGCCCAACUCCUAAAAAGGAAGCGGAAGCUCAGAGUUGUCCCCGUCAAUGGCAAUGGCCUGUCUGCGCUGGCCUGGCCUCCACUGCAGCAGGAAGGCGCUCCCGCCAGCCCAGCGGAGGGGACAAACAGCCACACCACGCCGCCCCCAUGCAGGAGGCUGCAGAAGAAGAAGGCGGAGCCUGGCAGCCUGGAGCUCUGUGACCUGUCCAGCCAGAAAACCACAAGCCUGAAAAAGAGGAAGAAAAUGAGAGAGAUGUCAAACUUGGUAGAGCACAACGGGGUGUCAGAGUCCGAGGCCGGGCAACCCCAGGCUCUGGGAAGCAGUGGGGCUUUCAGUUCCCUGAAGCAGCAGCAGCCUAGAGCAGAGAGUGACUUCGUGACGUUUGACACUGCCUUCUUACCAAAGCCCCUGUUCUUCAGAAGAGCGAGGAGCAGCACUGCCACCCACUCUGCAGGCCCUGCCAUCCAGCUAAACAAGACGCCGUCCAGCUCCAAGAAGGUCACCUUUGGGCUGAACAGAAACAUGACUGCAGAAUUCAAGAAGACAGACAAGAGUAUCUUGGUCAGUCCCACGGGUGCUUCCCGGGUGGCCUUCGACCCUGAACAGAGGCCCCUCCACGGGGUGCUGAAGACCCCCACCAGCUCACCUGCCAGCUCACCCCUAGUGGCCAAGAAGCCCCUGACCGCCACACCAAGGAGAAGGCCCAGGGCCGUGGAUUUCUUCUGAGGAGCAGCAGAAUCCCUUGAAAAAGACUGCUUUUGUACAGACUACUCUAUAAAUUAUACCUUUAAGAAUGUGGGGCCUUUUAUCACUUCCUGAGCUCCUGUAAGUUGUGUGCGAGGUUCUGAAUGUGCGCAGGCUGCUGCAUCCUGGUCCUCGGAGCAGCUGCGGGCGUCUUGGUUGAAUCUUGCUGCAAACCAUGUUUGUUUUUGAGCUCUCCAGGAUUUUACAUUUUUGGGUACCCUCGGUGAUUCCCACUGGUGUAGGAAAUGAGACCCUCUGUGAAGCUGAGGAGAGCACAUGGAUCUGAAGUUUAAAUAAUCAAUGCUGUUGGCACAAUGACAGGUAGAACCGCACUUGCUGGGGAACUCAAGAUAUGCGGGAUUCGGCACUCAUUACCGUACUGGCCAUGCUAAGCUGGUUUUCUGGUUUGUUUAGUCUUAACAGUCUGUUUUCUUUUAAAAGCAUGUAGGGCUUCAUUGCCAUGUUCUGUGGGUGUUGGGCAGGUUACUGAUCAGGAAGAUUCUUGUUACAGAAUCAGCAAUACCUUAGUUUUUCUAUAUGUGCUGAGCUGGGGGCGUGGACAAGUAGGGGUGGGGGAAGAAGAGGCUCUGUGUUCUGGAGGCUUUUUCUUCUCUCCCUACCUGGUUUCUCUCCCUGUUUUCCUACCUCUACGGCAAGCCCAAAGUGUCUUCUCGGGAGGCCAGUGCAGCCUCCAGCUCUCACCCAGGACCCUGCCCCAGGCUGAGCCCUCUGCUGAGGUCCUUGCGUGGCGCACACUCAUUCCUCCAAGCCCUUGCGCUCCUGUCUCCCUCCCUACGUCCACGUUCCAGCCGAGUCACUGCCUGACCGUCAGAGGCUGCGGUGGGCAUCUGGAACCUGAGCUCCCACUCAGCUCCCUUUCCUCUAAGACGCGGAAGCGUGCACUUCCAGAGCUUUCGACAGUCCUUCUCACAGAAGCUCAUUACAAACACGGGAGCGGAAGGCGCCCCCCCUGUGGCUGGAGAAACAGAUGUGAGGCCUUGUUUUGAGCAGUGAUUGCUCGAUGAUGGAUCUGAUUGAGGAAAUGUCUGGGCCAGGGCCUGGGCCUGAGAGCUGGAGAAGGAGCAGGUUCGGAGCGAGCGACUCCUGAGGAGAGCCUCCGAGGCUGCGCCUUUCCCAGCGGCUGGUGCAGCUACAGUCCGGUUGGGAACAGGGCACGGGUGGGUGUAUGGUUUGGGCUGGCAUCCAGCACUCCCAGCCAGCGCGCUCCGCUCAGGCCUAGAAUUGAAAGCCGCCUCCCGUAUAGGAGCCCUGGCUUUUGGUGAAAAACCCGGCCAGUCCCUUUCUCCACUGCCGCCUCCCAGCAGAGGGCCUCAGGUUGCUUCAAGGUCCUGGCUGUGGCUUUGGAUAGCGGGGCGUUGGGCCCUGGGGCUGCACAGCUGCAUCGAGUUUUCCUGUGUCACUCCUCGGAGCUGAGGGUAGGGUUUCGCCCGUGAAUGUCACGCUGUCUUGCCGGUGUCAAGAGCUGUGGCCGGCUCAUGAAGGCCCUGGUGAAAAGAAAGCAUUCAGUCUGUUCUUCGCCUACUCCAUUAUACAGUUUUGUCACAAUGCGCCAUGAAAAAAAUGAGUGAGCAUUGUGCUGUUAAAUAAUCACUAAUGAGAAGUCUUCUGUACAACACACCUGUCGUGGCGCUUGCAUGGUUCUAAUGUGCUGCAAUGGAUAGAUACUUACAAUCGCAUUCAGAACCAAAACUGAUACAGUGAAAUGAUUAUGGUGAGCAAAUAUUUUUAACUUUUCAUUUUUUUUUAAGUUUCAUUCUUCUUAGAAUAUUUUUCUAACAAUUUUUGUUUCAGCUUUAAAGAUGGGUCAUAUAGCCAAGCAGGCCAUAUAAUCCAACAUUGUUGAGAUGUCUUAAGACAUUCAAAGGCAAAACUGGCACAUUUGUUCUGCAGACUAUUGCAGGAAUGUUUCUUCCUAGCAUUUUUAUGCUAUCUGUCUACUCUGAGGAAGCAGUGAACGUCCUAGAAACACACCUCCUGUCAACACCACGCCUAUGAGUGACAGGGUGCCUCUUGGGGUCUCUUGCUCCUUCUGUCACUCUCCUCACUUACUCCUUUUUAUGAGUAAGUCACCUAGGUUUACAGUCACUUAUUUUUAAUGCCUACAUUUUGGCAGCAGGAAGAAAACAAUUUUUUUAAAAUUCUCAUUACAUAUGCACACAAGAAUAUGUCACAUAAAGAAAAUGUUUAGACUACCAGUUUUCUAUUUAAGCAUGAUAUUUUCCUAAGUAAAAUUGCCAAGUGGACUUGGAAGUCCAGAAAAGGAAAUGAUUUAAAUUAAUGCUGGUGAUCUUAAUAAUAUUUUGUAAAAUGACGAUUCCCCUUCUCCAUAGUCUGGUCAGUUUUGUACAGUUACGGAUCUGACUUUAAAAGUUUGUUAUCCUCUCUGACUUUUACUCAACUGAAAGCACAAAGAAGACUACACAGAAAGUCUGGAAACAGUUGUAGGUGCUGGAAGAUGAAUCGAGCUGUCUUUUAAUUUCUGUGUGUGUUUUCUCUGAAUUUGCUGGACGGUGCUGGCAAGGACUUUGCGAUCAAACUGUACUCAUGUCUGCAGGGUUUGUCAGUACUCGUCAAAGCCAAGUCCAAUUAAAAAAAACUCUUUGCCCUCC